ACAUUCAUUUCUACCAAGAGAAAAACAUUUCAUCAUCAUCAUGAGUACUGUUUCAAGAGCAAGCAAGGCCAUUGUGGCAGCAAGUGUUGGAGUUGUGGAGGCACUGAAGGACCAAGCAGGCAUUUGCAGGUGGAACUCACCCACCCUAAGAUCCGCGCAUCAACAAGCCAAGAAGCAUUUCAGGUCAUACUCUCAGGCCAACAAGAGCAAGCUCUCUUCUUCUUCAACCUCUGCUUUGAGCAGAGUCAGAAACGAGAAGCUGAAGAAAUCGGAGGAGUCUUUGAAGACUGUUAUGUACCUGAGCUGCUGGGGUCCCUACACCUAAGACUACUUUCAUGCAAGCACACAAAAUCGAGUGCAAGAUUACUUCGGCUUGGGCUGACCAAAAAUGGAACUUGUUGAUCAUGGCUGGAGUCCGCUGGACAUUGAUUCCCAAGUCCCUGUUAUUGAGGAAAAUUGAUGUAAAUAAAUAAAUAUAGGGAAGUUAAAUUCACACCCUUUGAAACUGAUGUAAAUAAAUAAAUAUAAGAAAGUGAAAUCCACAUUUUUUAAAUUGUAAUUUAU